UUCUCUCAGACUCUAAAGCCAUCGUGGACGGGAACCUGAAGCUGAUCCUGGGUCUGAUCUGGACCCUGAUCCUGCACUACUCGAUCUCCAUGCCCAUGUGGGAGGACGAGGACGAUGAAGACGCCAAAAAGCUGACCCCCAAACAACGUCUGCUGGGCUGGAUCCAGAACAAGGUGCCGCAGCUGCCCAUUACUAACUUCCACCGAGACUGGAGGGACGGCAAGGCGCUGGGAGCUCUGGUGGACAACUGCGCUCCCGGUCUGUGUCCUGACUGGGAAACAUGGGACCCGAGUCAGCCGGUGGAGAACGCCAGAGAGGCCAUGCAGCAGGCGGACGACUGGCUGGGAGUGCCUCAGGUGAUCGCUCCAGAGGAGAUCGUGGAUCCUAACGUGGAUGAGCACUCGGUUAUGACAUACCUGUCUCAGUUCCCCAAAUCUAAACUGAAGCCCGGCGCCCCACUGAGGGCGAAGACGCUGCACCCGAAGAGGGCCAAAGCCUUUGGGCCAGGUCUGGAGCCUCGAGGUAACGUCGUCCUGAAGCCUGCAGAGUUCCUGGUGGAGACUGUGGAGGCCGGCCUGGGGGAGGUUCUGGUGUAUGUGGAGGAUCCCGAGGGACACACGGAGGAGGCCCGAGUCAUCCCCAACAACGACAAGAACAGAAGCUACUCGGUGGUCUACCUGCCCAAAGUGGAGGGGCUUCAUAAAGUGAAGGUACUGUUUGCUGGGCAGGACAUCGACAGAAGUCCCUUCAUGGUGAACAUCUCGAAGGCGAUGGGCGACCCCAACAGAGUUCAGGCCCGCGGGCCGGGACUGCAGCAGGCGGGGAACGUCGCCAACAAACCGACUUACUUUGACAUUUACACUGCAGGGGCGGGUGCUGGAGACGUAGGUGUCAUCAUUGUGGAUUCAAACGGUCGCAGGGAUACAGUGGAGAUUGUGUUGGAGAACAAAGGCGACAGUAUUUUCCGCUGCACUUAUGUCCCCGUCCUGGAGGGACCUCACACCGUCUAUGUGACCUUUGCUGGGCAGCAGAUUCCUAGAAGCCCUUUCACCGUCCACAUCUCAGAGGUUUCACAGAGCGCCCCGCCUCCCGGGUCUCCGGUGCAGAUUGUACCUCACUCCGCUCGCACCACACCCCCAGACAAGACACGGAGAGCCCCCCCUCCAACGCCGCCCAAACACAGGCGACCAACCUGUAACCCGAACACCUGCAGAGCGUCCGGCCGAGGUCUACAGCCAAAGGGGCUGAGGGUGAAAGAAAUCGCCGAUUUUAAAGUUCACACGAAAGGAGCCGGCAGCGGAGAGCACAAAGUCACCGUGAAGGGACCAAAGGGCGCGGAGGAGCCGGUGAAGGUUCUUGAGAUGGAAAAUGGGAUGUUUGAGUGUAAUUAUUACCCCAUCAUGAUGGGAAAAUACAUCGUAACUAUCACCUGGGGAGGACACGCCAUCCCACGCAGUCCGUUCGAGGUCCAGGUGAGUGAGGAGGCGGGGCCUCAGAAGGUGCGGGCCUGGGGUCCCGGUCUGGAGACGGGGAUGGUGGGGAAGAGUGCCGACUUUGUGGUUGAGGCCAUCGGCACGGAGGUGGGGACUCUCGGUUUCUCCAUCGAGGGUCCGUCUCAGGCGAAGAUCGAGUGCGAUGAUAAAGGUGACGGGUCAUGUGACGUUCGAUACUGGCCGACUGAGCCGGGCGACUACGCCGUGCACGUUAUCUGUGACGACGAGGACAUUAAGGACAGUCCCUUCAUGGCUCACAUCCUCCCCACUGCCAACGACGUCUUCCCAGAAAACGUGAAGUGUUACGGUCCGGGUCUGGAGCCGCUCGGCUGCAUCGUGAACAAACCUGCAGACUUCACCAUCGACGCCCACGGAGCCGGCAGAGGAGAGCUGAAGCUCUACGCUCAGGAUGCAGAGGGUUUCCCCAUCAACAUACAGAUCACAGAUAAAGGAGACAGCACUUUCUUCUGUGUUUACAUUCCCACCAAACCCAUCAAACACACCAUCAUCAUCACCUGGGGGGAAGUCAACGUCCCUAACAGCCCCUUCAGGGUGACGAUAGGAGAAGGAAGCCAUCCGGAGAACGUGAAGGUUUACGGUCCGGGCGUGGAGAAGACGGGACUGAAGGCCAACGAGCCGACGUACUUCACCGUGGACUGCAGCGAGGCCGGACAGGGGGAUGUCAGCAUUGGGAUCAAGUGUGCUCCGGGUGUGGUCGGUCCUGCGGAGGCCGACAUCGACUUUGACAUCAUCAAAAAUGACAACGACACGUUCACGGUGAAGUACAUGCCUCCGGGCGCCGGGCAGUACACCAUCAUGGUGCUGUUCGCAGAUCAGGAAAUUCCCAUCAGCCCCUUCAGAAUAAAAGUGGAUCCUUCCCAUGAUGCAGCUAAAGUCAGAGCAGAAGGACCCGGACUCAACAAGACAGGAGUUGAAGUGGGGAAACCGACUCAUUUCACCAUCUACACAAAGGGAGCCGGUAAAGCCAAACCUGAGGUUCAUUUCACCGGAGCGGCUAAAGGGGAAGCUGUCAGAGACUUCGAGAUCAUCGACAACCAUGACUACUCCUACACCGUCCGCUACACCGCCGUCCAACAGGGGAACAUGUCCGUCACUGUGUGUCACGGAGGAGACCCCAUCCCGAAAAGUCCCUUUAACAUCAGCGUGGCCCCCCCACUGGACCUCAACAAGGUCAAGGUUCAGGGUUUGAACAACAAGGUGGAUGUUGGGAAGGACGAGGAGUUCACCAUCAGUACUCGUGAAGCUGGUGGUCAGGGCAAACUGGACGUCAAGAUCACCUCGCCGUCACGCAGACCAAUCCCCUGCAAGCUGGAGUCGGGCACAGCCAAUGAGCUGCACACAGUGAAGUACAUCCCCCCCGAGGAAGGACAGUACAGAGUGGACAUCAGCUACGACGGAAACCCUGUACAAGGAAGUCCAUUCACUGUGGAGGGCGUCAUGCCCCCCGACCCUUCAAAGGUCCGAGCCUAUGGCCUGGGUCUUCUGGGUGGAGUUGUGGGUAAACCGGCGCCCUUUGCCAUCGACACAAAGGGAGCCGGUACCGGGGGUCUGGGCCUGACGGUGGAGGGACCCUGCGAGGCCAAGAUUGAAUGCCAGGACAACGGUGACGGCUCCUGCUCCGUGUCCUACCUACCCACCGAGCCCGGCGAGUACGCCAUCAACAUCCUGUUUGCAGACCAGCACAUCCCUGGUUCCCCCUUCAAGGCCAUGGUGGAGUCGGCAUUUGACCCCAGCAAGGUGACGGCGAGCGGGCCCGGCCUGGAGCGAGGGAAAGUCAACGAGGACGGAUCCUUCACGGUGGACUGCUCUAAAGCCGGAGAGGCCGAGCUCACCAUCGAGAUCAUCUCCGACUCCGGAGCUAAAGCUGAAGUCCACGUGCAGAACAACAGCGACGGGACUUACUCCAUCACCUACAUCCCGCAGUUCCACGGCAUGUACACCAUCACCAUCAAAUACGGAGGACACACAGUGCCCGAGUUCCCCGCACGCCUGCAGGUGGAUCCGGCUGUCGACACCAGCGGCGUGAAGAUCCACGGACCAGGAGUGGAGCCCAGAGGUGUCCUGCGGGAGGUCACCACACACUUCACCGUGGACACCCGGGCGCACUACAAGAGCGGUGGCAGCCACGUUAAAGCCUGCAUCUCCAACCCGUCCGGCGCCAACACGGAAGCCUACAUCACGGACAAAGGAGACGGCACCUACAGGGUGGAGUACACGCCGUACGAGGAUGGUCUGCAUCUGAUCGAGGUUCUGUUUGAUGAAGUCUCGGUGCCGAAGAGUCCGUUCAGGGUGUCGGUGACGGAGGGUUGUGACCCCAGUCGAGUGCGCGCCUACGGGCCGGGCCUUGAGGAAGGACUGGUGAACAAACCCAACCGCUUCACCGUGGAGACUAGAGGUGCCGGCACAGGAGGUCUCGGCCUCGCCAUCGAGGGUCCGUCAGAGGCGAAGAUGUCGUGUAAGGACAACAAAGAUGGCAGCUGCAGCGUGGAGUACAUUCCCUUCACUUCUGGGGAGUAUGAUGUCAACAUCACCUUCGGAGGCCUGCCGAUCCCAGGGAGCCCAUUUCGGGUCCCGGUGCGAGAGCUGGUGGAUCCCAGUAAAGUGAAGUGUUCAGGGCCCGGGCUGGGAAGUGGGGUUCGAGCCCACGUCCCUCAGACCUUCACUGUGGACAGCAGUAAGGCCGGGGUGGCUUCUCUGGAGGUCCAGCUGUAUGGACCCACAGGUGUGACCGAGCCAAUCAGCAUCACCGACAACGGCGACGGAACUCACACAGUCAACUACACUCCCGCCAACGACGGCCCGUACACGGUGUGUGUGAAGUACGCUGACCAGGAGGUUCCCCGCAGUCCUUUUAAGAUCAAGACACUGCCGGCUCACGAUGCCAGUAAAGUCCGAGCCAGCGGUCCGGGUCUGAACGCGUCUGGAGUUCCCGCCAGUCUGCCGGUGGAGUUCACCAUCGACGCCAGAGACGCUGGAGAGGGACUGCUCACUGUUCAGAUACUGGACCCGGAGGGGAAACCCAAGAAGGCGAACAUCCGGGACAACCGGGACGGGACGUACACGGUGUCCUACGUCCCCGACACGGCGGGACGGUACACCAUCACCAUCAAGUACGGAGGAGACGAGAUCCCGUACUCGCCGUACCGCAUCCACGCCCUGCCCACUGGAGACGCCAGCAAGUGUCUGGUCACAGUGUCCAUCGGAGGACAUGGACUGGGAUCAGGUAUCGGCCCGACCAUCCAGAUCGGAGAGGAGACGGUCAUCACGGUGGACGCAAAGGCUGCUGGGAAAGGUAAAGUGACGUGUAAAGUGUCGACCCCUGACGGAGCGGAGCUGGACGUGGACGUGGUGGAGAACGCCGACGGGACGUUUGAUAUUUACUACACGGCGCCGGAGCCUGGGAAGUACAUCAUCACCAUCCGCUUCGGGGGGGAAAACAUUCCCAACAGCCCCUUCCACGUGGUGGCGAGUGAUACCGUCCCAAUAAUAGAGGAGCCAUGUGACAAGCUUCAGUUACAGCAGCCCUUCACUCCCUAUGUGGGCUUCUCCCCUCCAUGGGCCACCGAUGAUCCCAUCACCCCCAUGGACAGGAUGGAGCCGGUGCUCCGCCCCUUCAGCCUGGUCAUCCCCUUCACUGUGCAGAAAGGAGAGAUCACUGGUGAAGUGCGGAUGCCGUCCGGUCGAACUGCCUGCCCUCACAUCACGGACAACAAGGACGGCACCGUCACGGUGAAAUACUCCCCGACAGAACGAGGCCUGCACGAGAUGGACAUUAAAUACGAUGGAAACCACAUCCCAGGAAGUCCACUCGAGUUCUACGUGGACGCCAUUAACAGUGGUCAUGUGACGGCGUACGGCCCCGGUCUGAGUCACGGCACAGUGAACAGACCGGCCACCUUUACUAUCGUAACUCAAGACGCUGGAGAAGGCGGUCUGUCUCUGGCUGUCGAGGGUCCGUCUAAAGCGGAGAUCAGCUGUAAAGACAACAAAGACGGAACCUGUACUGUGUCUUACCUGCCCACCGUACCUGGAGACUACAACAUUAUCGUCAAGUUCGAUGACAAACACAUCCCCGGCAGCCCCUUCACCGCCAAGAUCACCGGUGAUGACUCCAUGAGGAUGUCUCAGCUUAAUGUCGGUACAGCUACAGAUGUUUCCUUAAAGAUCACGGAGACGGACCUGAGCAGUAUGACGGCGAGCAUCAGAGCGCCGUCCGGACACGAGGAGCCAUGUCUGCUGAAGAGGCUUCCCAACAGACACAUCGGGAUCUCGUUUACACCAAAGGAAGUAGGCGAACACGUGGUGAGCGUGAAGAAGAACGGUAAGCAUGUGACCAACAGUCCCUUUAAGAUCAUGGUGGGGCAGUCGGAGAUCGGAGACGCCAGUAAGGUGAAGGUCUACGGUCAGGGGCUGGUGGAGGGUCACACCUUCGAGAUGGCCGAGUUCAUCGUGGACACCAGGAGCGCAGGUUACGGGGGUCUGGGUCUGUCCAUCGAGGGUCCCAGUAAAGUGGACAUUAACUGUGAGGACGUGGAGGACGGGACGUGCAAAGUCACCUACUGUCCAACCGAACCUGGAAACUACAUCAUCAACAUUAAGUUCGCUGAUCAACACGUCCCAGGAAGUCCGUUCACGGUGAAGGUGUUCGGUGAAGGCCGGAUGAAGGAGAGCAUCACCAGGAAACGUCAGGCGCCCACCAUCGCUACUGAUGUGCUGAUAGAAUAA